AUGGAUAAAAUGGAUAUCCAUUCCCUAUUGAAUAAUAAUGAAGAAACUCAUCAACUUUACGGUCCAACGAGUCCAACUCCAAGUACUUCAAGCGAAUGUACAGAUUCAGAACAGAUCAUAGAUAACGACCGACCCUAUGAGUGCAAUUGGCCAGCCUGUGGUAAAGCAUUCUCAAGACGUUCAGACCUUGCUCGUCACCGAAGGAUUCAUACUGGUGAACGUCCAUAUCGUUGUGAAUGGGUCGGAUGUGAAGAACACACACCGGAAAAAGACCUUAUGUGUGCCCUCACUCAGGUUGCGGGAAAACGUUCACUCGUCGCACUACCCUAA